AUGGCGACGGGAGAUUCUCAAGACAUCCCAAUGGGAUCGCCUCCCGAACCGCCUGCUGAAGUAGACCGAGAGCCCAAAUACGGUGGCUAUUCACGAUUCGAGGUUGAGCUUGAGUUUGUUCAGUCCCUCGCCAACCCGGCCUACCUCAACCACCUUGCCUCCCAGAAGCUUCUCAGCCAACCCGCCUUUGUCGCAUAUCUUAGCUACCUACAAUACUGGAGCAAACCACCGUAUCUCAAGUAUCUAACGUACCCCGGCCCGACACUACGGCAUCUCGAGCUCCUCCAGCAGGAGACGUUCCGACAACAAAUCAUCAGCCCUGAUGUCGUGAGGGCACUGAUGGAGGAGGGCAUGAAGGCAUCAGUCGAUUGGCACCGAGAGAGCUAG